AUGACUGCCACCGUUCACGUCAAGAACAUUGCCGCCUCCACUGGCGAUGCUGAAAUCAAGGACUUUUUCAGCUUCUGUGGCAAAAUCAACGACAUCAAGGUCACCACCGAGGGCGAGACGAAAAGCGCAGAAGUCAUCUUCGAGAAGGAGACGGCCAUGAAGACUGCCCUUCUGCUGAACAACACACAACUCGGCCCCAACCACAUCACCGUCUCCAGCGCCUCUGGCGACUCCGAGGAUGACGGCUCGCACUUUGCCCAGUCGGGCAACAACACAGACGAGAUCACGCAGGAGAUGAAGCCGCGCACCCGCAUCCUGGCCGAGUACCUCGCCCACGGCUACGUCGUCGGCGACGCCGCGAUCCAGCGGGCCAUCGAGCUCGACCAGAAGCACGGUGUCUCAUCGCGCUUCCUCAGCACCAUCCAGGACCUCGACAAGAAGUACCAGGCCACCGACCGUGCCAAGACGGCCGACCAGAGCUACGGCAUCACCCAGCGCGCCGGCAACUUCUUCAGUGGCCUGAGCAGCUACUUUGAGAAGGCCAGCAACACCCCCACUGGCAAGAAGAUUGCCCAGUUCUACCUCGACGGAUCACGACAGGUGCAGGACAUUCACAGCGAGGCCCGGCGGCUGGCUGAUCUGAAGAAGGAGGAGUACGGCGGUAGCGCGUACAAGGCUGCUGGCCUUGAUAAGGUCUUUGGCAAGCAGCAGGAGAAGGAAAAGGAGCAGCAGAAGGAGCCUGAGCAGAAGGGGUCCGAGCAGACGGAGCAGAAGCCUGGCGACGCUAGCUAUGCCGCUGCAGCCGCUCCUGCUGAUGCAAAGACUGGUUAA